GCGCCAUGUUUAAGUUAACUGUGCAGUUUUAAUAAAAACUCUAUAAAAACUCGUUGUUCUGCGGAUGCGCUGAUCUAACCCUGACUUAAGUGUUUUUAGAGUUUGUACGUUUUUGUUUUUUACGGUUUAAACGUGACUUUGUGGAUUUGCUGCGCGUUUUGUUUCACCGUUACGGCCCCGGAUCAGAGUGGAGCCACCAGCGACUGUUUACGUCCGCCCCGAGUCACGUGACCGAGCCGGCUCUGAACCGGGUCUGAACCGGGUCUGAACCGGGUCUGAACCGGGUCUCGAGCUCCUUACUCCUUUGGUCCAGUCUGUUGUUCCGGAUGUUCCAGUGCGGGAGUGUGACCCGGAGUUAGGCGCAGUUUUUCGGCUUUAAAAUGGAGCAGACGGAGCGGACCGAACCGAAGCUGGUUCUGGUUUUCAGCGGGAAGAGAAAGUCCGGGAAGGAUCACGUGACAGACCUUCUUCAGACUCGUCUAGGUCCUCAGGUCUCGUGUAUCGUUCGUCUCUCUGGUCCACUGAAGCAACAGUUUGCUCAGGACCACGGUCUGGACUUAGACCUGCUCUUGGGUCCUGGUCCGUAUAAGGAGCGGUUUCGGUCUCAGAUGAUCCACUGGGGCGAAGACCAAAGGAGGAACGACCCGGGAUUCUUCUGUCGCCUAGCAACAAGGAACGCCACUCAACCUGUCUGGAUGGUGAGUGACGCUCGCAGGAUCUCAGACUUGACUUGGUUCCGGACCCAGUACCCGACUCAGACCCGGUCUGUCCGGGUCCAAUGUUCAGACCAGACCAGGAUCAGCCGCGGGUGGAGCUUCACUGUUGGAGUGGACGACGCAGAGUCUGAGUGUGGUCUGGACUCUGGCGUGGACUGGGACUGGAUCAUCUCAAACGAUGGAGACCCUCAGGACCUCGAGGACCAGCUCAGACCGGUUAUAGAUCUGGCUCUGAAGGCUGCCUCAUAAUCUGAACUAGACCUGGACUAGACCUGGACUAGACCUGGACUAGACCUGGACUAGACCUGGACUCUGUGAGCACUCAGACAAAUGCAGGAUCUGCAGAUUUAUUUCAUACUGAAAAGUUUAGUCUGAGUCUCUGCUCGAGUCUGAGCUGGACUUUGUGAUUCUUCUGUUUUAUUGAACCGAACCUUUGUGAUUUCUGUUUUAAAUAAAUAAAAGUUUAAAUAAAUUAAAGUUUUAAAUAAAUAUUUAUCGAUUUGAA